AUGGUACUUCUUGGAUCAGGGGGACAUACAGGGGAAAUGAUUAGAUUGCUUGAUGGCUUGGACUUCACUGAAUAUUCAAGGUUGACAUUAGUCAUCACCGAAGGAGAUAAUGGAUCGAUCAAAAAGGCGAGAGAUUUUGAAAACUCAAAUUUCUCAAGCAAUGAAGAAGUUAUUAUCUCUGAACAUGAAGCAUCAAUGACGAGUGUUGGUAAUUUUGUUGUGGAUUAUAUUUUUCUUCCAAGAGCAAGAAAUGUUGGUCAACCAUUGAUAUCCUCAGCGAUAACAACAAUUGGGUGUAUAGUACAAACUUUCAAAAUUAUGUGGUCACGGAAUACUUUUCCACACGCCAUUCUUUGUAAUGGACCAGGAACUUCAGUGCCAUUGUGCUAUGUAUUUUAUCUUCUAUCUCUUGUGAAAUUCCAAAACGCAGUAAUUAUUUAUGUUGAAAGUCUUGCUAGGGUAUCACGUUUAAGUGCAAGCGGAUGGUUGUUAUACCCUAUCGCCAGCAGAUUUAUUGUUCAGUGGGAAAUGUUGCACGAAAAAUUUAGCAGAAGUGAGUAUUAUGGGAUUCUAGUUUAG